AUGCCUUAUAUGUGUGUCGUCAAAGGGUGCAAUCACAAUUCUAAAUCCCACAAAGGUAUUUGUGGAUUCUAUAGAAUACCUCGUGUAAAAGAAAAUGAAAACGAGGAAACAAAAAAGUUGCAGGAGGAUAGGAGACGGCAAUGGAUACAGAAUAUUUAUAGACGGGAUUUAGAGAAGAUAAAUCUAAACAAUACUCGUGUCUGUGGACAUCAUUUUGUCUCAGGUAAUUUUUGUAUUCUGGUACUCAUUCAAAUUUCCUUUUGAUAGUUAAAUCAUGAAAACGAGUGUGCUUCGACAAAAUAGGGUCGCCAUCAGCUCUAUACGACUGCACUAAUCCAGACUGGGCACCUACUCAGAAUAUGGGCCAUGAUAACAUAGUUCCUGAGAAUGUGGGUAAUGCUAUGUCGAAAUACAAACGAGCUAACAAGAAACAAGCU